AUGGAUUUGGUAGCGUUGAGACAGGCACUACCAGCCUUCUUGUGGGGUGUGUUUGUUUUCGUGGCAUACUUGACAGCUCAACUGCUGUGCAAUGUGUUCUUUCAUCCAUUGCGGAAUUACCCAGGACCGUCGCUGGCGAAGUUCUCUAUCCUUUGGAAACUGCUCGGCAACCUUCAAGGCCGGAAAGCGCACCGGAUUCACGAAGCUCAUGUGCGAUAUGGACCAGUAGUCCGCGUGGCACCCAAUGAACUAUCCUUCUCGGAGCCCGCUGCCGUCAAGGAAAUCUACAGCUCGAGCGCGUUCGCCAAGGAAGAACGCUUCUACUUCGCCAAGCGCAUAUUCCACGAGAACCACCUGCUGAGCUUCCGCGACAACAAGGCACACAGGCAGCGGCAGAAGCUCAAGAUCCAGGCCCUGCUUGACCAGCUGGCCAAGGCGCCCCAGCCAGUCGAUGUCCUGCCCUGGGCACACUGGCUCGGGUUCGACACCAUCUACCACCUCAUGUUCGACGAAGACCCCGAGUCCGUGAGGGAGGGCCACCCGCACUGGAUAAUGGCCGCCAUGCGCUCCUGGAGGCCGACCUUCAUCUACAAGGAGCUCUUCCCGCCGCUCGAGCGGCUCGGGCCCUAUGUGCCGGGCUACAUCGGCGGCUACUUCCGGGCCGUGCAGAGGUGGAAGGCCUUCGCCGUCGACGUCAUCAGGAGCUGCCGCGUGCGCGGCACAAAGACAUCGUUCCUGACCAACGCCCUCGCCGGCGAGGACUCCGCCCUGGGCCGCCCGCUGACCGACUCGGAGCUCGCAGAGGAGUGCAUGGGGGGCAUGUUUGGGGGCAGCGGCACCACCGCCAACACCUUUGUCUACGUGCUCUGGGCCGUCCUGACGCGGCCCGCUGUGCAGCGCCGCCUGAGGGCCGAGCUGCUCGGGGCGUUUCCGGAUCCCGGGGUUGGCGUGCCGGGCGCCACUGAGUGUGCUAGACUGCCGUACCUCCAAGCCGUCAUCAGUGAGACGCUCAGGAGGUAUCCGACCAUCAUCGCUACCCUGCCGCGUGUUGCUGUCCAGGAUGCGCUUGUGGCUGGAGUGAGGGUGCGCAAGGGAACUGUGGUUGGAGUGCAGAACUACACGGUCCACCGCAACGAAGCGGCAUUUCUGGAACCGGAGGCAUUCGUCCCGGAGAGAUGGCUGGAUCCCAACGGCGAGGACCUGCGCAAGGCGGCCUUCAACGCGUUCUCCGUCGGGCAGCGUUCUUGCAUCGGUAUCAAUAUCGCCAGGAUGGAGCUCAGCAAGCUUGUCGCCGCAUUCUUUCUCCGGUUCGACGCGGAAGUGGACCCGUUGAUGACAGCGGAAGGCAUGGAGAUGUUUGACCAGUUCAGUGCGAGCCCGGUCGGUGGCCGAUUGUUGAUCAGGGUUCAGGAGCGCGUGUAG